UGACCGUGUCACAUACUGACACGUGCCUUCGUCUUCAACUGCCAUGGCUAUACUUCACUCUACUUUUCUGAUUCAUUCUCACUGUUCUCUGCCAAACUCUGAAUCUCAAACACCAUUCCAACAAAAUCUUCAUCACAGAGAACAACAAGUAUUUAUGGUGAGACAAGCUUCAUGAUUUUUGUGAUCUCUUCAAAACGAUGAUUCUGCAGAAGCCUGUGGAAAGUUACUCUCUUGCAGGUUUAUAUCGUUUCGCCAUGAGGGGGCGUCAGCGAGUAGCAUCCAGGGAAUACAUGUAUGGGAAUGAUAAAGAACAAAAUCCAGCUUCAAUGCGUUUACUGAAUGCCAAACCUAGUUGGCGGCGUUCUUUGCGGCAUGUAAUAGUGGCUUCUAUUUCCUCAUUCUUAUAUGGCUACCAUAUUGGAGUAGUCAAUGAAACCUUAGAGAGCAUUUCUGUAGAUCUUGGUUUUAGUGGGAAUACAAUGGCUGAAGGUCUUGUUGUAAGUAUAUGUUUAGGAGGCGCUUUUAUUGGAUCUCUGUUAAGUGGGUGGAUUGCAGAUGGAGUUGGGCGUAGGAGAAGUUUCCAGUUGUGUGUAUUGCCUAUGAUCAUCGGGGCAGGAAUGAGUGCAACAGCAAAAACCUUGUGGGGUAUGCUUCUCGGAAGGUUAUUUGUUGGUACUGGAAUAGGACUAGGUCCGCCUGUUGCAGCUCUAUAUGUGGCUGAGGUCUCACCUCCGGCUAUACGGGGUGCUUAUGGGGGCUUAACUCAGAUUGCAACAUGUCUUGGACUCCUGGGUGCUCUCUUUAUUGGAAUCCCUUCCAAGGAAAUAGUGGGUUGGUGGCGGAUCUGUUUCUGGGUAUCUGUCAUUCCGGCUAUAAUACUUGCCCUUUUCAUGGAGAUCUGUGCAGAGAGUCCCUACUGGCUUUUCAAGAGAGGAAGAACCACUGAAGCUGAAGCUGAAUUCGAGAAGCUCUUGGGAGGAGUACAUGUGAAAUCUGCAAUGACUGAACUGUCGAAGUCUGACAAAGGCGAUGAUUCUGGUGCAGUAAAACUAUCAGAAUUAUUUGGAAGACAUUUCAGAGUGAUGUUCAUUGGAUCUACGCUUUUUGCUUUGCAGCAGCUAUCUGGCAUAAAUGCUAUUUUCUAUUUCUCUUCAACUGUCUUUGAAAGCUUUGGUGUACCAUCAGAUACUGCAAAUAUAUGUGUAGGAAUUUGUAAUUUAUUGGGGUCAGUUAUUUCAAUGAUUCUGUUGGAUAAACUUGGAAGGAAGGUGCUUCUCGUCGGAAGCUUUUUCAGCAUGGCAGUAGCAAUGGGUCUACAAGUCAUUGCUGCAAGUUCUUUUGCCUCAGGAAUUGGAGCCACGUAUCUAUCCGUUGGUGGCAUGUUGCUGUUUGUGCUAUCAUUUGCUUUUGGUGCUGGUCCAGUUCCUUCUCUCCUCAUGUCUGAAAUACUACCUGGCAGGAUCAGAGCCAAAGCAAUGGCAAUUUGCUUGGCGGUGCAUUGGGUGAUAAACUUCUUUGUGGGUCUACUAUUUUUGCGCGCGUUGGAGAAAGUUGGGGCACAAGUCGUGUAUACUAGUUUUGGUUCAUUUUGUUUGAUUGCUGUGUUUUUUGUGAAGAAAUAUGUUCUGGAAACAAAAGGGAAGUCACUCCAGGAAAUUGAGGUUGCACUUCUUGCACAAGAAGCAACCUAAAUGUACUAAAGGGUGAAAUAUGGAUAUGGUAUAGGCUUAGUUUCAUUUUGCUGAAUGAGUUGUGGAAACAUUUUUUGGUGAAAAAAAUAGUACUUUCUCAUUGAAA